CGUGGUUCAAUCUUCUUGUCAACUGGAUUCUUCAAGUUUAUCUCGUAAUUCUUGCAAAUUUUUAUCUAAAUUACUUAACCAACAUUCUUAUUUAUACUCUGAAAUCCUUAGAAUAACGCCAUGGAAGGAGUUGAGGAGCUUUACCGGUUGUUUGGAGUGUUAGCUGAUGCAAAAGAUAAUAUAAAUGAGCACGAGGAUUCCUAUGCUUCAAUUCUAAACUUUGUCAAGGGGACACCUGGAGAGAAACGCUUAGCUUCAACAUUUAUUACAAGAUUUUUUAAGAAUUUUCCAAAACUACAGGACCAAGCUAUUGAUGCUUUGUUGGACUUGUGCGAAGAUGAAGAUAUAGCCAUACGAAAGCAGACAAUAAAGGAUUUCCCCAAGCUAUGUCAAGAUGAAAUUGAACAUUUACCAAGGAUUGCCGAUGUUCUGACUCAGCUCCUUCAAGCAGAUGAUGUCACUGAGUUAACUACUGUCAGGAAUUCUUUACUAUCUUUAUUUAAAAUGGAUGCCAAAGGUACAAUCGGAGGCAUAUUCUCACAGAUACUUAGUGGAGAAGAACAUGUAAGGGACAAAGCAAUCAAGUUUCUUAGCUCGACCGUGACACAAUAUGGCAAACAGUAUCUCCACCCUAAAGAAGACACAGAAAGAUACAUUGUUGAUGAAAUCAAAAAAGCUUUUUCUGAUGUCAAUGGUGAAGAAUUCACAAUAUUCAUGUCCAUCUUGUCAAAACUUAAAAUCAUGUCUGGAGCUCACCAAGAACUUGCCGACAUUGUUACAGAACAAGCUGAACUAAACCAGCCAUUCCAGGUAUCAGAGCAGGAUAGCAUUGAUCGAUUUAUCUCUUGUGCAAGACAGGGUCUUCCUUUCUUUGCUAAAGGAGCAUCUGCCGAGCCGUUUUUCUCAUACCUGCUGGAACAAAUCUUGCCUCACUUCAGUGAAUGUGGAGACUCAAAGCUGGAGCUUCUGAAACUGUUAGCAGAGAUGUCACCUUGUGGCUUGAAGGAAGAGACGAUAAAAGCUGCUAUUGAACCAGUCUUUACAUUACUCCUGGAAUACAUGCCACUGCCACCAGCAGAGGAUUCUGAAGACAAAAAGGAAGAAGGUUCUGAACCUAAGCUACAGUUUUCAUUCGUAGAGUGCUUACUUUAUGCAUUCCACAGUCUAGCAAAAAAUCACCAAGAAUUUUUAACGGGAGAUGAAGCGACAGAAAGAUUGAAAGAUUUUAGAUUAAGAUUGCAGUAUUUUGCACAAGGUUGUCAAAUAUACAUCAAGCAAAUAAAAAUAGCCCUUCAGGGCAAGACUGGUGCUGCAUUACAAGAAGAAGAGAACAAAAUGAAAGUAGCAGCUCUAAGAACAACCAACAACAUCAACACAAUAAUUAAGGACUUGUUCCAUAAUCCUCCUGCAUACAAGACAUUUGUAUCUCUAUCUUGGAAAUCACCAUCAAAAGUAAAUGUUAGUACAUCUAGUCCACCACAACCCAGUGCUGAACAAAACCCAGAGUUAGAUGAAAAGCGUAAACGAGCAGGAAUCACACCAAUCACCUUUGACAUCCCACCAGAGAAAAAAUCUGCUACAAAUCAAGCCUCGAGACCAAAGCCAAGAAAAUCUGGUGGCUUCCAAGUUUAUAUGCCUCCUGGCCGACGCAGCGGAGCUGCAAAUGGCAAAGUCCAAGGGCAAAGCAUGCCAGACAAUUUCUCAGGAAAUAGACGAGGGGGUAGAGGGCGUGGUGGUAGAGGGCGUGGACGGGGAAGAUUUUAAACUGAUAAUCUCAAAGGAUUGUUGUAUAUUUUAACUGCUGGUACAUUCUCUGACUCCACAGUGCUCCAGGUUUUUUUUGUUUAGUCUCAGCCCUGAGAGCAUAACUGUCACAACUCUCAAAUACAUUUUAGAUCUGUUAAGUCGACCCUGUUCUUUUGAAUUAUACAAAUACUUCUUACCCCACCAAAUGGUUCAUUAUUUAAGAGAAUAAUGAGUAAAAGAACUCUUCAAAUUGGAGUAUUGCAUUACAGCACUUCUCAAUUACACACAUGAAAUAAUUCUACAAUUAUUUGCCAUCCUGACAAAGUAGGUUUUGGUGGACAUCAAUCAAGGCGUUUCCAUGACAUUCCAUAGGCAUGUGCCCUUAAAAGCUUUGUGUUUUCCGACAAUGCUGGGAAACACUGAUUGAUGUCCACCAAAAUCUAUUAUGCCUCAAAAAAAAUCUUCACGGUUUCGUGCAUGUAAUUGAGAGAUGCUCUGUGACUUGCAACUUGAGUACUUCACGGUCAUGAUUUUUAAUGUACAAUUUAUCUGUUCCAGUCGUUGGAUAUCUUGCACCCAGUGUAAAGCUCUGCUUGAUAUUAUGUAAACUUUUCCAAGUUUAAUAUUGUUCUUGUGUUUCAACAUUGCAUGCAUUGAUCUCCUCCCCCAGUAAAAAUCAGAUGCGUACAGAUCUUGGCCUCAAAGAAUUUAAUCAGGAAUCUAUCCAACUGAUGGGUUGCAAGCAUUCCCAAGAGAGUGAAAAGACAAAAACAUGGCUGCCAUUUUGAUGUGAUUAACAAUGUGUAGUUCCAGAAAAUAUCCAUACCCCACUCAUGGAGGGAACUGGAAAUUCUGGAGGGGAGGUGGUCAGAGAAAGAACAAAAUUACGGAGUUUGUAUGGAAGAAUAUUGGAAGUUCCUAGGGGUAGGGGGGGUUCUUUUACAAAAUCCCUCCAUGGUGGGGGUAUAUGGAUAUUUUCUGGAACUACACGAUGGAUUUAAUCUUUUGUUAAAUGUACCACCAAGAUGGCAGCGGUGAUGUAACUUGCAAUCGAAGAAUACAGGGGAAUUAGGCCUAGACCUUGGCAUUUUAGACAUCAUUGUCACAUCUGCUUUUCAUGUGAAAUUUUGAUUCUUCCAGAAAAGGGGUAAAGUUCAUUCUGUUGUUUUAUGCUGUCUUGUUUUGCUGCUGUAUCAAUGUAAAAUAUCACGAGAGUUGAUUUUUAUAUUGUUUUUUCUUGGACUGUUAUGAAAACGUACUAGGAAUAUCAAACUACCCUGCUGCUUUAUUGUAAUAGUAAAGAUCAAAGAAUCAAUAUCAUUGUAACAUAAGAUUGUCUUUUUAGCGCUAUUUCAGGGGUCCUUCCUGAUUUUUUAGCUAAACUAGGAGUUUUGAAUAAAGUAUUUAAUACCAA